GUGACGAGGAUAACCAAGCUGGUUUCUACUUUGUUCCCUCAUGCCAAAACAAUAUACUACAAGAAACAUGUCCCUCUCUCUGACUGUUUAAGUGGAGUUGAUAUCCAGGAAACAAUUUGGCCACAUUUCAAGUUUGCCUGUUUUUAAUUCAAUAUUGUAAAGGCGAUAAAAUGUGGAAGAUGUCGCUCUGGUUGUUGAAACGGACAGUGUUUCUUCUCGGGUUACUUCUAACUGCAAGCAUCGCUUCACCUGAUGUCGAUUUUGGAGGGGAGUCCGGUUCCGGGAUCCCACAGACAGAGGAGGUGGACAUACUGCAGGAGCUUUCCCUUCACGUGUCCGACGGCAGCAAUGCCUCGAUGACUGUGGAGGACAGCCGGUGUCAAGUCCUGCAGGUGGGACAGUACUCCACCUUGUCUCUCAAUCUGCAACAGCUUUUCGCAGACAGGUUUGCAGAUGAGUUCAGUUUGCUGGUGCAGCUACGGAGUGCUCAGAGAGAGGAACACAGCGUCUUCACCAUGCUGAGCCCUGACGGCCGCGUCAUGCUGCAGCUACGAAUCAGCGCCCAUGCCGUCAUCUUCAUUGGAACCCAUCAGCGACAUUACGAGUUUCCAGUGGGCGGUCUGUGUGAUGGAGAGUGGCAUCGUGUGGCCGUCAGCGUGUCUACAAACCGCCUGGCACUGUACGUGGACUGCACACUGCUGGAGAGUGUGGACUGGGUGAACCAUGGCCUGGGAAUCGGCACCGACGGGCUGUUCAUGGUUGGAGGCAUCAUUGAGGCCUUUGAGACUCCGUUUGAAGGUUAUCUCCGGCAGCUGGUUUUCCUCUUAGGUGACCCCGAUGGCGCCCGCGAGCACUGCAGUCAUCACCUACCGCGCUGCGGUGAGGUCGUCCCCAAACCUCCUCGCUCCCCACGCACCAACAACGCCUUGAAGAAAGUGUUUCUCAGACGAGGGACUUCUCGAGGGGAUGGGACAAUCCCUACCAGGUCCAAUCCAAAAGGCUCAGUGGGUCGUGGAGACGUCUUUGUGAUAGAAGAGGACACAGACUUGUUAGAUCCUGUCUUCCAUAAUGGGGGACAAGUGAACCCUCAAUGGAAACCUUCCAGGAAUGGAGUCAAGGGAAGCCAGAAGGGGAAGCCCAAGGGACCGUCUAAAAACUUUGAGGAGAACAUUACCAUAGAGAAAAAUACAGAUUCUCGUGAGAGGACUUCAUCCAUUUCCCCCAAAAAACCAUCAGAGGAUAUCAUUGACUCUGACAUUGGAAGUUCCCCAAGGAAGCCCUCACUGGAACUUCCUUUGUUUCCCAAGGGCUCAUCAAGUCCCAGUACAUCCACAGAUAUACUGGGACUUGACACAACUGAGGAGACCAGGACUGUUUCACCUGCACCUCGUGAGAUCCCCUUCACCAUCCAGAGCACAACACAGUUUGAUCAUAGAACCAAGCAUGAGGGUGAAGCCAAACAACCAGCCAAAGAGCGCCCAGGGACCGGGACAAUUGUCCCUAGAGAUGGAGGGCUGGUCUUUGGCUCUGAUGGUAAAAGGUACAUGCUCCAAAGAGGACCACCAGGCAGAAGAGGACCACCGGGGCCGGAAGGCUGUGCUGGUGAGCCUGGCCUUCCUGGGUUUAAAGGUGAUAAGGGUAACAUGGGCCUGGAAGGGAAACAAGGCAAAAAGGGAGAGACGGGGCCUCCCGGACCAGCAGGUUUACCGACCCUCUACCUUUGGAGGAACACUGCUGAAGAAUGGGCUGCUUUCCAGCAAACAAAUGCCUACCAGUUACUUCGUGCUGGUUGGCCUAGUGAAGAAGGCCCCGCAGGACCAGCCGGUGAGAUGGGCAAGCCUGGCAUACAGGGGCCACCUGGUGAACCUGGGGUGCGAGGACAACCAGGCAGUCCAGGAGAGAUGGGCGAUCGAGGCCCCAGGGGCCCUCCAGGACGAGCUGGGACCCCAGGGAGAGAUGGGAUAAAUGGAGUAGAUGGUCAGCCUGGAUUACAUGGUGCUCCCGGAUCACAAGGUCCAUGGGGGUACAGGGGAGAACGAGGACCCAAGGGGGAGACGGGUGAUGAGGGUCUGAUUGGUUUCCAAGGUAGAAGAGGAGAAAGUGGGGAACCCGGUGAGAAGGGCUCAAGGGGAGGGCAUGGUCCACCUGGCGCCGUUGGACCACCAGGGCUGCCGGGGAUCCAAGGUGGCGACGGGGCAGAGGGGCCGCCUGGGCCUGAUGGGGAAAGUGGACUGGAUGGUUCUCCAGGUCCACCUGGACCUCCAGGGGCACCAGGUUUAACAGGGCGCGUUGGCGCUCAAGGACUCAAUGGCUCAAGGGGGGACAUAGGACCAGCUGGCAGUGUCGGUCACCAAGGCCCUCAGGGCUCUCUGGGUUUAGAGGGACAAAUGGGACCUCCAGGAUGCAGAGGCCCCCAGGGACAUCCAGGAGUGAUGGGGGCACCAGGACCUAAAGGAGAUCCUGGACCUGUGGGAUCCCUUGGUGCACGAGGGGACCCUGGCUUUGAGGGCCCGAUGGGUGAACUAGGGAAACGGGGUCAUGCAGGAUUCCCAGGAGUUAUAGGUAGAAGAGGGCCCGAUGGGGACAAGGGAGAUCCAGGACCUAAAGGGGACAAAGGCAUUCGGGGGGUAGAAGGUGUUAGGGGUCCACAGGGAGAGAGGGGCCCUGUUGGUUUCCCGGGUUUCCCAGGAGCCUAUGGCCCCCCAGGCCCCAGAGGCUCUGAGGGCUUGAUUGGUGACAUUGGUCCUCAGGGCAAAAAGGGCAGCCCUGGGUUAAAGGGAAACAGAGGACCAGAAGGACGAACUGGCAAACCGGGACUCAGAGGGAACAAGGGUUUAACUGGAAAAAAGGGACACCUGGGCCAACCAGGCCCACUGGGUUUGCCAGGCCCACCUGGACUGCAGGGAGCAGAAGGAAAGCCUGGUACACAGGGUCCACCAGGUGCAGAUGGCAUUGCUGGCAUUAAGGGGCUGAUGGGCCCUAAAGGCUUUGCUGGAGAGAAAGGACCAGAUGGGACACCAGGUUCACCGGGAACGCGAGGAAAGACAGGGCCCCCGGGCUCACCUGGACCUCCAGGGGACAAGGGUUUUACAGGGAAGCUAGGCACAGAAGGACCUCAGGGCCCAGUAGGCAUGUAUGGUAUCCAAGGAAACGUGGGCAUGCGUGGGCCUCUUGGACUCACAGGAGAGAGGGGUGAACCAGGUUUGCGAGGUUUACCUGGUCCUCCGGGGAAGCCAGGACCUGCUGGCUCCCCAGGGCCUCAUGGAGACAAGGGACCCCGGGGACCUCAGGGUUGGCCCGGGGAUGAAGGACUUAAAGGGAUCCAGAGCCCACCAGGCCCGCCAGGUGUUCCAGGCCAUAAUGGUGCAACAGGUAAACCUGGACCCAGAGGGAGCGUCGGCCCCCCGGGGCCUAAUGGACCACAGGGGCCUGCAGGAAUCCCAGGGACACAGGGUACCGAUGGAUUAACGGGAGUAACAGGGGAGAGAGGGAACAAGGGUUUCCCUGGACCAGCGGGUGAUGAGAGUCUACCAGGACAAAGUGGACCACAGGGUCUCCCAGGUCAAACAGGAAUUGAGGGUCCACCCGGAAGGAAGGGGGAUCAGGGAGACCUGGGUUCUUGUGGGAAACCUGGAGCUCCAGGGCUCAUGGGAGAAAGAGGGCUUGAAGGUGCAAAAGGCCUACAGGGACCACCUGGACCCGCUGGUAAUGAGGGAGACGUCGGGCCUCCUGGUGAACUUGGCUCUUUUGGACCAAUAGGGGAGAAGGGUGAGAUUGGACCUCAUGGUUUGUCUGGUCAAGAGGGUCCAUGGGGGACCAUUGGAGAAAAUGGCAGCAAGGGCCCAAAGGGGGAGAAAGGUCACACUGGCCUGAUGGGUGAACCGGGGCCAGCGGGGGAAGCUGGUCCUGCAGGUCUGGUGGGCAUCCAGGGAAUCAAAGGUCCUCAGGGAUCUUCAGGCCUUGAUGGACCUCAAGGAGAAAAGGGGGAUUCUGGCCCUGCAGGAACCACUGGACCACCGGGGUCAGACGGCCUUCAGGGACCAAAAGGACCACGUGGUGUCGGAGGUGACACUGGGAAUCCAGGACCACCUGGGCCAGCAGGUCAAGUUGGACCUCAGGCCAGCCCAGGAGCCAAAGGAGAGCCAGGGAUACUUGGACCAAAGGGAGAACCAGGAGCUCCAGGCCCACUUGGAGAGCAGGGUGAAGAGGGUCUUCCAGGAGUUCAAGGUCCUCCAGCGCUGCCAGGCUCUGAGGGGCCUGCUGGAGAGAUGGGACUCCAGGGUCCUCCAGGUCCCACAGGAGCUCCUGGAAAAGAAGGAAGACUAGGACCCGAAGGAAAACAGGGAAUGAGGGGAGAGAAGGGUGAUGAUGGCGAGGUUGGACCACCAGGGAAGACCGGUCAUAUUGGACGGAGGGGAAAGCGGGGGAAGGCUGGAGUCAGAGGGACCAGGGGAGACCGAGGACCAAAGAACAUGUGA